AUGAAUUGGGCUGUGGGUGCUAAUUGUUACCUACUUCGCGCUGUUCUCACACAUGGAAAAAACUGGGACCUUGUCAGUGAGUCGUUAAGAACGUCUUGCAAGACGUUCUUGAAAGAUGAAAAUGUACAGGAUCUCUCAAAACAGAGUUGUUCGCUUCAAUAUAAAUAUAUUAUAGCAUCCGCACGUCAAAGAAAUCCAGGCGAUUUAACAGAGAGCCAACUCUUAAACAUUUCACUAGAUCAUUAUACUACAUUGAGACGUGAGCAGUUGCAUGCUGCUCGGUUGGAGAUCUUGCGGGCUAUAAAAAUUGAGGAAGAGGAUGCAGAAAAGUUGCGACAAGGCCGAUAUUCUGAAAUACCUCCAGACCGGUUACUGACCUAUAGAAAAAGAUGUCGUGCACUCGGGAUUCCGGACAAAAUAGGUCGUUGUUUAAAUAUGGAACCGUUGUCUCCUGUUUCAGAGGAAAAUGACCGAACUGUCAAGAAGCUUCCCACUACACUACAACAUCCAAAUACUAAAAUUGAGAAAGAAACAAUUGACCAGAAUGGUGGUAUCUGGAUUCCUGUCGGAACCCCUUUUAUUUACGGGCUAUUCGAAGAGAGAUGUGAUUACAUUCAGGAAUCAUCAUUAGCCAACUUCAUACGUGCUCAAGCUAUUAUUUCACAAAGACUGGGUUUCGAAGCACAUGAUGAUGAAAUCUCAAGUCUAGAUACUACAUCAUCCAUCCAGACUCGCUCAGAGGUUACAACUAGCCAUAAUCAAGAAGUCAAAGUCGUAGAGUCACCCAGAGCUUCUGAACAGCUUAAUAACUUAGAUAGUGACUCAAGCAAAAUAAGAAUACAAACAAGCCCUUCCAAGUGUUUGGAGAUCCUGGAUGAACCAGUUACUCCUAGUAGUUCCGCUCUUGUAAGUGACUCAGAAACACUGGCUUCUCCACACUUUACUCAGAGCCUUAAUUCAAGUCCUGCACUAAGUCUUGCGGAAACUCAAUCACCAUCCUUUAAAGCCGUUAAUCUGAACCGAAAACAUAAUCAUACAAAGAGGAAGAUAUCGACCCCUGCUCCUGUUUAUCAAAACCAAGUGGGAGAGUUCAUUUCAGCUCUCAGUCCCUCAAUAUCUACCAAUCUCAAUAAUGAUGAACUUACAGAUACAUCUCAGUCAUCAGUUUGUGUGGCUCGACGAUGGAGAAGAUCUCUUCUGUCAGCACUUUCUACGGUGUACAGCCAUCGUCAUGCUUAUGUGUUUAUGCAUCCUGUAACUGAAGAUAUAGCUCCCGGGUACAGUACUGUUGUUUAUGAGCCAGUGGACUUAACGUCCCUUAGGCGCCGUAUGGAGUCGUCACUCAGUUACUUGAUCAGUUCUCAGCAGCCUUCUGCUCUAAAUCCAUCUGUUUCUUCUUAUCGAGUUAUCAUUGAGAUCGCAAGACGUUUCAUUCGUGAUCUUUUGCUAAUGUUUAUGAAUGCAAGAAUGUACAAUAGUCAAAAUCACGAAGUCCACCGAAUGGCUGGGGAGAUGUAUCAUGACGUCAUUAGUGAACUUCAACCUCUUUGGUCUAUUAUGGCUGAGGACAUUCCAGGAUUCCCAUCUCUGCCUUUCUUGAAUCUGACUCCUCCACAUACUACGCGUUCCUUACAGCAAUCUAUUGUAGUGUCGACUGCCCCAACUACUAGUCCUUCACAUCCUGCUUCAUGUGUGCUUAAAGAUGAGGAGUCGAAUGUUAGCAAGCAGUCUUCUAGUUUUUUCAUCAAGCAAAACAAACGUCCUGCUCCUGAAGGUUCGUCUCCUUCUAGUCCACUGCCUCGUAAACAUCGUCAUUCGUCUGGAAGUGAUUCUGCAGUCGGAGCUAUUACAACGCGAUCUAAAUAA